AAAAACAAAAAUAAAAUAAUAGUUUUUGAUGAAACCGAAUCGGAUGGAGUGGAAGAAUCUUGGAUGAAGGAAGGGUGGCUCUGAGACGCACCCGGAAAAUGACCUAAAAUCAAUGGGCUGAAAAGGUGGUAAAAGGCAAAAUAAAAUGGGUACUGUGUAGGUCAGUUUAUUAAAAAACACUCAAUUAUAAGUGGGUCCCAUCGCAUUGGAUAACUCUAUAGACGACAAAUGGAACUGGUGAGCCCCUUGAGGACUUUUCUUUUUUUUUUUUUUUUGAUAAUUAGCUUCUUGGGGACUUGAUGUUGUGGGUUGGUAUUUUUCACAGUAAUUAAUAGUGAACAAUAAUUGUAUCACUGUUUUCUUUUUUUUCAUUUUUUCGAAAAGAAUUUCUCAAAAUUUGGGCCAUCAAAUUCUUCUAUUUGAGUAGGCCUGGGCUCAAAAUAUGACUCAAUAUCCAUCCAUCACAAUCUGCUUUACAGUAGGCCCAAAAUUCUUCAAUUUGGUUUGCCCUUCUGAUUCAAGGAUGAAAGAAGUAACAUUCGUCUAUCUCCAUGUUUUCUUCUUCUCUUUCGAACCCAAAACACAGCUUGAGCUUCAUCGCUACGAAUCCAAAAAGCUCAACUUCAUCUUCUUCGUGCAACAUAAUAAAGAGUUACAGAGAUGGUUUUCUUGUGCUGGGCUCGGCCAUCUCCUCAGGAACAGAAGUCUUGCAUUGACAGCCAGGUCAGGUGCCUUUAAUUAUGAUGCUAAAUACAGAGGAGCUACUGCUAAACCCUUGUCUUGCCUCAAAGAAGAUAAGGAGCUCUCACAUGAAGGAUUUGCACUCAACCAUGCUCGAGUUUUGGUUGGUUCUGGUAUUGAGGCUUAUGAAAAGGGAAAGAACGCUCUUCAAGCCUGGAGGCAUUUUGGAUUGAAUUGGGCAUUUGUCGAUCCCAAAACUCCAGUUCAAAAUGGGGCGAAGUUUUGUGUUUGUGUCAAGGAGUUCUUGCCAUGGGUUAUGAUGCCACUUAAGGUUGUGUAUGUAGAUGAAAAAAGCACUAAACAGUCUAAGGCCUCUUUUUGCUUUGGAAGCGGUACCCUACAAGGACACUUGCUGGCUGGGGAAGAACGUUUCUCAAUUGAACUUGAUGAGAACGACCAAGUGUGGUAUGAGAUUCUUUCCUUCUCAAAACCUGCACAUGUUCUGUCAUUUAUUGGGUACCCAUAUGUAAUGCUCAGGCAAAAGUAUUUUUCUCAUCAAUCUACCAAUGCAGUUCUAAAGCAUCUGAAUCCUUUGCAAUCAUAGUUCAUACGCCAAUUGUAUUAUAAUUUCGCAAGCUUCAUAGUCCUUCUUGUAAUAUAAUUAUCUCGAUUACAUUUCAUAUACUAUAGUGAAAUGAUGCCAGGAUGGUGGUUUUCGUUGAGUAACAAAGCAUGGAGAGCUAUAAUAGAAGUUCUGUAUUUGAUUUUUAACAUAGUUAAAAGAAGAUUCUGGCAAUUUCCUUUAUUGCGUCAA